CCGGGGGUGCCCAGUGGUGGGGCUGGGUCUCGCCCACGUGGUCCAGUCGUGCCCCCCCAGACUUGUGGAAACGGCCCCAUAGCCGUGGUGCAGCUGGACAGUCAGAUGACCUUUCCUCGAGCCUGAGCUGCCUUUGCAGUCGUGGCCGGUUCGUGUCUCGGAACUUGGGGGGCAGCUGUGGUUGUGUCACUGCAGACUGCAUCGUUGCAUGACCCCUGACCUCACCCUGCAAACAUCUGUGUGGAUGCGGCCACGGGGACGCCGGGGAGCAGCGACCCCCAAAACCAGCAAAGGCAGCCAGAUCCCUUGGGAGCCUGCUGCACAGCCUAAUGGUUUCCCCUCCCCGCCCUAGAGCGUCCCCCCAACGUUGCAAAGGCCCCAGAAAAAAAGACCUUGGCAACCGGGAUGUUUCCAGAUGUUUCUUGCCACGUCGUGACCAAGGGGACUGUGUGACCUCGUGCCAAACAAACACAAAAUGCAAUUGUUUAAUGAAUAAAAAGGGUGGGAGGGAAAAAAAGUGCUUCCUUCAAAAAUUGGGGUGCACGGAAAACAGAAUUUCCAUGGGCCCCGGGAGGUGCUUCAAAUGCAGACCUAUAUUAAAAGUGAAAGCAAAGCUGGUGCAGACCUAUAUUAAAAUUGAAAGCAAAGCCUGUGGGGAGCUGGGGGGGGGGUUUCCUUAGCAUGAGACGAGCGAGCAGGUGCAGCAAACCCCACGGCCUCGGAGGUGUCCUUGCUUCUGUCUUGCAGGCAGGAUGCAGCCCAUCAGCCUGUCCUUCGCAGCCUGCGGGUUUCUGGGCAUCUACCACUUGGGGGCAGCCGCUGCUUUCCGCACACACGGCACCAGGCUGCUGAGGGACGUCAAGGCCUUCGCCGGGGCCUCUGCCGGGUCCCUGGUCGCUUCCGUCCUGCUAACGGCGCCAGAAAAAAUCGAGGAAUGUAGCCAGUUCACCUACAAGUUUGCCGAGGAAGUCCGCAGGCUGUCCUUGGGCGCGGCGACCCCCGGCUACGACUUCAUGGCCCGGCUGAGGAGCGGGAUGGAGUCCAUCCUCCCUCCCAACGCGCACGAGCUGGCCCACAGCCGGCUGCACGUGUCCAUCACCAACGCCCAGAGCGGCCGCAACUGCCUCGUGUCCAGUUUCUCCUCCAGGGAGGAGCUGAUCAAGGUCCUCUUGGCCAGCAGCUUCGUGCCCAUCUACGCGGGACUGAAGCCGGUGGAGUACAAAGGCCAGAAAUGGGUGGACGGAGGCCUCACCAACAGCCUGCCCAUCCUGCCCGAGGGCCGCACCGUGACCAUCUCGCCCUUCAGCGGCCGGCUGGACGUGUCCCCGCAGGACCGGGGGCAGCGGGGCCUGUACGUGAGCAUCGCCAAGCAGGACGUCCUGCUGUCCGUGGCCAACUUGGUGCGGCUCAACCAAGCCCUGUUCCCGCCCAGCAAGAGGAAAAUGGAGUCGCUGUACCAGCGCGGCUUCGACGACGCCGUCCAGUUCCUGCUCAGGGAAAACUGGUUCGAGUAGGGCCUGAGCUGGAAGCCUGGCGACCCCCACACGCCAGCAUCUCGGCUCUGGCCUCUUCAGCCUGGUCUCGCGCUGUUUGCAGCUGUUAACACUGGGGUUGUCACUCCUGCAGCCGACGACAGGCGUGGGCCCCGCGCCUGGCUGGGGUCAGGACGGAGACACCCACGCUGGGCCAGGACCGCGCCUUGGGAGGCCCAUUUCAGGGUGCAAGACGCAGCUUCUCGGGUGGACCCAGGGGGUGCAGGGCGAGCCCUGCGCGGCUCUGAGCAGCCGUGCCCCAGCUCCCCAACGCUCUCAGGCUGGGCCGGCCGAGCCCGUCCCGGCGCUGGGGACACAGAUUGCAGAGGGGUGCGUCCACGGCUCUGACCGGGCAGCAGGAAGGCCUGUGUCCUCCUGACGUGGGGAGCACAGGAGGCUGUGCGAGUCGCUGUGUGCCCCUUGCUUUUCACUGGACUUGGGAACCCCCUACUUCCUGCCUUCAGCCCCCACCCCAGCC